AGGCGCUGAGCUCAAACUACGGAAGCUCGGCUGCGUGGUGUUGGCGGCGGCCUUUGGCGGCCUGGAAGCUUCUUAGAAUGGGUCGCCGUUCAUCAGACACAGAAGAAGAGACAAGAAGCAGAAGAAAAAAGAAACAUCGUAGGAGAUCGUCAUCAAGUAGUUCUUCGGAUAGCAGAACUUACAGCCGUAAGAAAUCAGGAAGAAAGUCAAGGUCAAAGUCUCGAGAUCUUCAGUUUCAUUCACAUUCAUAUGAAAAGAGGCGCAGGCAUCGAUCUAGCAGUAGUUCUUCAUAUGGAUCCAAGCGAAAGCAUAGCCGAAGCCGAUCAAGAGGUCGAGGAAAAUCAAAUAGGUCUCAGAGAUCAAGAUCAAAGAGCAGAACAAGAAGGUCACACUCAAGACCUCAUCAGCGUUCCUAUAGCCGAAGUAGUGAAAGGACCAGUCACAGACGAACUCGAAGCAGAUCGCGUGAUAAAGAAAGACGUAAAGGCAGAGAUAAAGAGAAGGCAAGAGAGAAGGAGCGGGUCAGAGGGAAAGAGAAGGACCAACAUUACACUAAAACAGGGGAUGCUGGAAACAUCAAAACUGGAUUAGAACAUCUGUCUGCUGCUGAACAGGCCAAAGCUAGAUUACAACUGGUUCUUGAAGCUGCUGCUAAAGCAGAUGAAGCAUUAAAAGCUAAAGAAAGAAGUGAAGAAGAAGCAAAGAAGAAAAAGGAAGAAGAGCAAACCAGCCUUGUAGAACAAGUGAAACGAGUAAAAGAAAUCGAAGCAAUUGAAAGUGACUCCUUCGUUCCCCAAGCAUUUAGAUCAAGUAAAGAAGUCAAAAAGGCGACAGAACCUGUUGAAGUAAAGAUUGAACCUGCAGCAGUAGGAGUGACAAAUACUGGCCUGAUUCCUGUUGAAAAGGGAACAGUGACUACAAGUAUUCCUACCACCAUCAAGUACCAAGAUGAGAACUCACUAGCCCAUCCCAAUCUGUUUGUUGAUAAGGCAGAAGCUGAAGAAAGAUGGUUCCAGCGGCUGAUCAGCCUUCGACAAGAAAGGCUGAUGGGCAGUCCUGUGGCCUGAGUUAAUUGCCCACCAACUUUCACUGUGAUCUGCUAUGAAGUUCCAGGGGUAAAACUAGAUGCGUGUCAGAGUAAAUAUGGCCUGUGAAACUGGGUUGAGAGGGGCAUCAGAGCAGGCGCUGCCAAGUGGGGAAAAGAGGUCUGCCACCCAGCAGUCAGCACUGAAACUUUGGCUGUACUUUGAGACCAGAUCUGGUCCUUGGGGAGUGAGGAGUGUAAAGGAUUUGUUUUAUCAAUUCCUUUCCCUCGUGUUUCCAAAUACAAUGUAAUGUCUUUAUAAUUCAUGACUGAAGAUUAUUCAUUUUUCAUUAUCAGAGAUUUAAAAAUGCAUACCUUUCUCUCCUGACAAUUAUCAGAGAUUUAAAAAUGUAUACCUUUCUCUCCUGACAAUUAAGCAUGUUUCUGAGUUUUUCUGUUCUUUGACAUUGAACCUUUAAAAAUCUCACUGCCUGUUUUGCUGCCUGUAACAGCAAAUUUCUCUGAAAACAGAUAGAACGGAGGUAUUUAGAGAAAAGACAGGGUGUGUGUGUAGAGAUGAUCAUAUGACUUACUUCAAACAAAAGCAUUCUUAUAUACAUACAUAUUACAAUUUAGUUUAAUAAUUCUGUGUUAUAAAAAUGAGACAUACCACUGGAAUUUAUGCUAGUUUCCCCACUGCCACUUAGUCCAGUCACCUAUGAAGCAUCACUAGCACAGUCUAGGCUUGGAAUUUCUGGUGAUUUGGCAGCAGUAUGGAAAAGGCAUGGAAUAUCCUUAAACUGCAUGAGGAUAAAAAUAUAUUUCAGAAGGCUGCCCUAGUGAAGUCUCAGGGUUCUCCAAAUCAUAUUUGGGUUGUGCAUCCAAGUCUGGGUUACAUUGUGAUGUUUUAAGAUCAGUUGCAGUCUUAGUCACAUUACAGUGCUGACUGUCACUAACUGAAGUUGAACUUAAAACCAGUGGGGAAGUCUCGAGAGUUACGAGAGUGCUCCCUGAAAAAAAAAAAGAGUACCUGCCUUCCUGUGCAUGCAGGUGUUUGAUACACGCACACAAGCCUCUCUGAGUUCUGGCCCUUAUCUACUAUUAGGAAUCACUUUCCUAUGGCUGUCAGCAGACAAAUACUGUACCAGGAUCAUGUGCAUGCCCUUUUCUACAGUCAUCGUGACGUAUAUUCUGGGUGGGGGAAAUUGUAGCUGCGAUUGCCAGCUUAAUUUUCUUCUGUAUGAAAGAGUUGAUGUAGUUUUUCUACCUAACAAAAUGCUGUUAGAAAACUAUUAUAAUAGGAAUUCUUAAGGAGGUAUUUGUGGCUUCUUCAAUGGCACAACUCAAUGCUGGAUCAGCACAGUCCUAAACAGGUAUACACCCUUCUGAAUCCACUGAAGUCAGCAAGCUUAGAAGGGUGUAAAUGCACAUAGAGUCCUCCUUAAGCUGUUUCUGUUAUCAAUUCAUAUUCAGUGGUUUAUUUAUUAGAUAUAUUUCAUUAGGAAUAAAGAAGGCAGAUAUUUUUUUUGCUAUAUUCAGAUGCUCAAAAAGAAGAUACUAAAGGGCUCAGAAGGCAGACAUCCAAACUGAGGGCUUUCUCUGAACUGUAAUCCUCAGCAGUUACUCCAGUCUAAGCCCAUUGAUUUCAAUGGGCUUAGACUGGAGUCACUCUGCUUAGGAUUGCACUGUAAGUGUCCCUCAGACAACACAGGCUUGAUUUAGGUGUACAUAGAAAGCAAUUCAAUAAUCUAUGCUUUUUUAUCAUAAUAUGUAUACACCUUGCUCAUGGAGUCCUCCUUCAGGGAAUUGGCUCAUAUCUUCUUCCACACUUUUGUAUAUACUGCACAAGUUAAUUCUGGAAGCAUAAUGUCAAACAAACUUCUUUUCUUCCCUAUGUGCAAGAUGAAUGAAAGUCUGAAGAGUGAGAAACUGCUUUUCAGCAAUCCAAGCAAUGGAAUCAUAAGUAGUUGUACCUAUUUCCAUUAAUGUAUGUUCUAUUCUGAUAAUAUUUUAAUCCUAUUAGUAGUAUUUUAUAUAGUUUGUAUUAAAAUGUCUCAGUUUGGUCAAUAAACAAAAUGAAACCUUC